GCUGAUUUUGCGGCGCCGCGAUGUCCCGCCAGCCGGUACUCGCCAGCAGUGCCUUCUCCGAUUUCUCGGACGAGCUGAUCGUGUACUUCACGUUGCUCUGCGAGCUGACAGAUUUGCUGCGUCUCUCUGAAGUAAAUUCCGUAUUCUAUGUGUUCUGUCAAGAAGAUCCACUCUGGAUGGGCCAAUGUUUGCGUCUACACAAUGGGGACUUCUCCUUCCACCACAACUGGAAGCUAACGACCUUCUACCCGAGAGACCCGAGGCCACUAGAGCAGCUGCAUAAGGUCUUCCGCCCAUUGGCCGUGAGAGGAUUCAGCUCGGACUUUCUGUACCGUCGCUGGUGUCGCUGCAAUAUGCAGCUAGGUGACGGCUAUAUGCUGCCCAGUGAGGAGCAGGAACCGACCGUUCGGAGGCUGCAGAAGAUUGACAUCCAGGACUUGACCUUCCGAGAUUUUUACGAGCAAUACUCGAGAGUGCCGUUCAUUCUUUGCAACGCUAUUAGCAACUGGAAGGCGUCAACGGAGUGGACAGUGGAGAAGUUGGUGGAGAAAUUCCCAAGUGACGUAAAGCACCGCAUCACACACAACUUGGACGUCAUAUCUAGCAGUCCGACGAUGGAAAUGAGUUUUGCCGACUUUUUUCAGUAUGCAAGCUACCAGCACGAUGAGACGCCGUUGUACAUAUUUGAUGCUCGUUUUGGGGAGAAGAUGCCUGCUAUGCUGGAGGAUUACAAUGUCCAAGACUUGAAGGUGUUUAAGGAAGACUUUUUAAGCGUAAUGACUAGCCCAGAGGAAGACGGGAAGGUCGAGUCAACCAAAGCUGUGAAACUCGAGGCUGGAGGUAAAAAAGUGAGGAACGAUAAGAAGAAGAAUCGCGCUCCAGGGUCUAUCCGACCAGACUUCCGUUGGAUCGUCAUUGGGCCUCAACGCACUGGGGCCCCCUGGCAUCAAGAUCCUGCCAGAACAUCAGCGUGGAAUUCAUUAGUCAAGGGGCGGAAGAGAUGGGCGAUUUACCCUCCUGACUCGCCACCCCCAGGUGUCAAUGUCGGCAAGAACGGCGAGCAUCAAAGUAGUGGCUUGGACAUGCCUUCUCUCAUGUGGUACCUGCACGUGUACCCCACUCUCUCUACUGACCAAAAGCCGCUUGAGAUCAUCCAAGAAGAAGGAGACACAAUCUACGUCCCCAAUGGCUGGUGGCAUCUCGUGUUGAACUUGGAUCUCACGAUCGCAGUGACCCAGAACUUCGUGGAUUCCCACAAUGUGCUCAUGUUUAUGAAGGAUUUACUCAACGACGGACAAGACAUGGCGCUAGCGAUGCUCCAGCACGAACUAAAAGCCACUCGACCGGAAACCUUUGACAUGUUCCGGCUGGUUCAGAUCCCCCGAUUGAAUGGAUACUUGAGCGAGGAGAUGUUCCAGCAAUCAUUCCGCGUCUUGGAGUACUGGAAGCCUCAACUGAAGAAGGUUCUCAAGCGUCACAAGGUGCUGGCUCUGCCAAAUAGCACAGAAGACACUGCUAAAACGAAGAACGUCGUCACUAAAGUCAAGUAUCCAAAGAUGAAGAGUCUUACGUCGCGUGCAAACCCGACAUUUGCAGUUGGAAAGCGCUUGAUCGUCAAGUUCUUCAGCCAGUACAACGAGAACUGGGGCGAGUUUGAUUUUGAGGCAUUCAUGGCUCCAAACUACGAAUCGAUCGACAGCGAGCUUGCAACUCCAUCAAAGCGUCGCAGGAACAACGUAUUGCAGCCACACGAGCUGAAAUAUACCAUGUCUCUACGAUAUGCGAUGGAGGACUGCUUCCGUACUGAGAGGGCUGUGUAUCGGAUGAUGGGCAAGUUAUUAGACUCCGAGCAGUCGCUCGACGCGAUGGUUCCUCGUCUGUACCGCUCUGGACAUUUGUUGUAUGUGGACGAAGUGGACGACGACGAGGGAGAAGGACCAAUGUGGCGAUGGCCGUACGUUGUCGUCGAGUACAAGAGCAGCGGUGUUGGGCUCGACUCGAUGACGAAGAAAGGAGGAAUCACGCCUCAGAGCUGGAAAAAUGUGGCUGGAUGGAUCAGUCGGGAGUUCUUGCCGAAGCUGCACGCUGUUCCAAUUGAUCCAGAGUUUCGAGGAGUAUACGGGCACACCAAGGCGGAAUGGGAUUGGUAUAUCCACUACUUGCUUCGUCAACGAAAGCGUUCAGUGUCAUUCCACCUGAUGGAGAGCGACCUCCCUGCUCACCUGAUGAAGCAGCUAGAGAGUUUCCUCCCCACUGCAAACCGAGAUGCCAUUAUGUCGGAGUUGCUACCAGUAAAGCCAUUUGAGUUGAAGCCUGUGUUGCUUCAUGGGGACCUGACAGACGAAAACAUCCUCGGCUCCGAGGUGGAUGCACAGCCAGACGUGGCGAUGUCAAGCGUAGCGAGUGACUGGGAUCUGUCGUCUUUCCUGGAGUCUAUCAGUUGUGAGAAGUACAUCCCGUUGCUUGUGGAGCAAGAGGAGCUGACGUUCGAGUCGCUAAGUUUUCUGAACGAAGCGCAUCUAAAGGAUCUGGGCGUCCCUUUGGGACCUCGUCUAGCUAUUUUGAAGGGCAAGCUGCCGAUCUCCACUCAUGCGUGUGUUGUUGAUAGUGAAGAUGGACUGACUGAUGGUCGCUUUGAUACCGAGAUGGAGUGCGAGGCGAGCAGCAGCGGUAGCAGCAGUUCGGAAGAAGACGAAGAGUUUGACCUGACAACACUCGCGGGACUGUCGGCUAUCGGAGAGAAGCGGAAGGAGCGAUUUGUCGGCCCCCACGAAUGGAUUCCGACGUCUGUGAUCGACUUUGCAGACGCCAAAGCGGGUGACCCUCUGUAUGACCUCGUCGCCGUCUUCUUUUCUGCUCUGCACUGUGAUCACGAGCUGUGGAGGGAGACAGUGGCUUCAGAAUAUUGGCAAGACUACAUUCGUCGUGACGAGGAGAGCAGCGCACCGCAGCGUCGUUGUCUGCGAGAGCGCUUCCUGCAGCUAGUGCUUCUGCAUCCAAGCCGAUCGAUCAAGGGUCUGUUCCAUUAUUCCCCUCUGGUAGCGAAAUUUGGGACCUGGGAGGACCUGGCUGGUGGCAUUUUCAACGAUGUGUUUUAGGCCUGAACUUGGCAUUUGUGCAGCUCGACUAUUGAAGCAAAUACAGUUGUGGGCCCGCGC